CACGGAGUAAGCAUUUAAGGUUAUGUUCAAAAAUAACAGAUUCUUGCUAAAUCGACCUACAGCCUAAACUAUGAUAGUAUUUACGCUGUGCUAUUAGUGAUUUAUUUUAAAGCCAUAGCAUUCGUCGUACAGAUAGUCAUGGAUGAGGGCAUUGUUAAAGUUGAACCAGAACAAGAAGAAGAAAUAAAGUUGUCCCUAGAAAGAAACACAGUUUUAAGUAAUGAUGUUAAGGUAAUUGUAAAAGAAGAACAGAAUUCUACAACCAGUGCAGCAUAUUGUAGCGACCAGUGCAAUGGCGACGAAAUGCAGCAACAUUAUUCGUCAGAUAUUAAAUCUCAAUUUAAAUGCGAAGCAGGUAAUGAGCAACAAUUUAAAAGUCACCAUUUCGAACGGGAAACUGCCAAAGGUUUUAAAUGUGACCUUUGUGAUUACACAACAUGUCGUAAAGGCGAUUUGAAAAAACAUGUUGUGAUACACAAUCGGUCUAAAGAAUUUAAAUGUGUAAUUUGUGAUUAUGCCACAUGUAGAAAAGAGAAUUUGAAACAACACAUCCUAAAACAUAGCCCAUCUACAUAUUUUAAAUGUGACAUUUGCCAGUAUACAACGUAUAGUAAAGGCAAUUUGAGGAAACACGUGGCAAUACACAAUCGAUCUAAAUAUUUUAAAUGUCGCUUUUGUGAUUAUGCCACGUAUAGAAAGAACAAUUUGAAGCAUCAUAUCAUAAAACACAAUCAAUCAAAAUAUGUUAAAUGUGACAUUUGCGAUUAUGCCACAUAUAGUAAAGACAAUUUGAGGAAACAUGUCUUAACACACAAUCGAUGUAAAGAUUUCAAAUGUGCAAUUUGUGAUUACGCAGCAUAUCGUAUGGGCGAUUUGAAGCAGCAUCUCUUAAAACACCGAGUUUCCAAAGAUUUUAAAUGUGAUGUUUGUUAUUAUGCCACAUACAGUAAAGGCAAUUUGAGUAGUCAUGUCUUAAUACACAAUCGACCAGAAGUUUUUAAAUGUGGAUUGUGUCAUCAUGCCACAUACAGAAAAGGUAAUUUGAAAAAACAUAUGUUAAUACACAAUCAAUCUAGUGAUUUUAAAUGUGACCUUUGUGAUUAUACCUCAUAUAGAAAAGACUAUUUGAGAAAGCAUGUCUUAAGACACAAUCAAUGUAGUGAUUUUAAAUGUGACCUUUGUGAUUAUACGACAUAUAGCAAAGACUAUUUGAGAAAACAUGUCUUAAUACACACUCGAUCUAAAGGUUUUAAAUGUGACGCGUGUGAUUUCGCCACACAUUUUCAAAGCAACUUGAAAAGACAUCUCUUAGUGCACAAAUGAAUUUAAAUACCUAUCAAGUGAAUUUAUGUAAUAAAGUGUAUAAAACCCUAUACGCAACAUUCUGUAUCUCAUCCAUUUAAGUGUGUUUAGGUCAAGUUAAGAAGAUCCUAAGGAUUAGGAAGUCUAAGAUUCGAUUCGAUUAUAUACAGUGAUAAUUAUUAAGAAGUAGACAUAGGGAUUUACGUGUAUUGUUUUUCCCUAUGUCUACUUCUGAAGGUGUCUAAUUUUAUGCGUAACUUCUUAAAAAAAAGCUAAGGCAACAAUAUUCAAAUUAAGUAAAUAAUAUGACGGCCAGAUCUUUAUUUGGAAUUGGAUUUAUCAUUUUAAAGUAGAUGUAAAUCCCUAUGUCUACUUCUUAAUAAAUAUUACUGUAUAUUAUUGUUCCCAAAGAGAGUGGUUAGAUUGGUAUUCAAGUCUGUAAUAAGAAGUUAAGGUAACAGAUGUAAGAGCAUGAUAGUAGUAAUAUGUAUGUAGAAGUUUCAAAAAUAAUA